AGUGUCGUCAUAAACAAGCGGUCCGUGACGAGCCAGCCAACAAUCUUCAAACUAAACUUUCUCUAAAGAUUCAGACACACUAAGUGCUGGAUAUGAACAUGACACUCAAACAUACCGACGAUGUUUAACGUGAACACCGCGGAACGAAGUGCUGACUGACAUUACGUCGCUUGUUGAUGACGAAGCUGUCCCACCCCGCGGAGUUCUUCAUACGGGUUCAUGCAGCCUCCAGCGCGGGAAACAUUAGCAGCGCAGAUGUGAGGGUGAAGUUUUUAGAUACCAAACAAUUUAACAACAGUUAUGGACCCCACGGAGGUAGAGUUCCUCGCUGAGAAAGAGACGGUGAAGAUAAUCCCGAACUUCAGCCUGGACAAGGUCUAUCUGAUCGGGGGCGAUCUGGGUCCCUUCAACCCUGGACUGCCAGUUGAUGUUCCCGUGUGGUUGGCCCUUAACCUGAAGCAGAGACAGAAGUGCAGGAUUAUGCCUCCUGCCUGGAUGGAUGUAGAGAAACUGGAGGAGAUGCGAGACCUUGAGAGGAAAGAGGACGCCUUUACACCCGUUCCCAGUCCUUACUAUAUGGAGCUGACCAAACUGCUGCUGAACUAUGCUUCUGACGACAUCCCGAAGGCAGACGAGAUCCGCACGCUGGUCAAAGACAUCUGGGACACACGCGUUGCCAAACUCCGCCUCUCGGCAGACAGCUUCAUCAGUCAGAUGGAGGCUCAUGCCAAGCUGGACAACCUGACUCUGAUGGAGAUCAACACCAUACGAUCGUUCCUUCUUGACUCUCUCAACUGCAUGUACAAACUACGCUCCAAUCUGCAGCCCGGUGCGAGUAAAGGACAGUUCAAGGACUAUUGAUCCACGAGAUCAAGAUCCAGACCUGCUGAAUGGGUCUGGAUCUGUGGAGCAGACUGUGGUUAAAGCCGCGGGUACUUACUCAGAAGGCCCUUCAUUACCCAAAGGACUGUUUUGGGUUUUUUUGUUUGUUUGUUUGUUUGUUUGUUUGUUUGUUUUUCAGAAAUGGAAUCCAUGAGAUUUAUGUAAAUGUCUGAUUGAAGCCUUUUUUUAAGAGGUUAUAUUCAUUUUGAGGGAGGCACGUGUUAAUACAUACACAUUCAAAGAAGCACAUAGGCUGUAUAUGUAUCUGCUGGUUUAAAUAUGUGGAUAUUUAAUUUAAUUCAGGACGCUCACUGUAGUUUAAAACCGCCACCAUUUUUGUAUAUGACAAGAAGUAACAAAAAUAAAUGUGUUUGUUAAUAUA